UCGGACCUCGGUGCAGCCAUGGGUCCCCAGCUGCUGAGUUGUUCGGAUGAUAGAGAAACUCUCCUUUCUGAACAAAAAGGGAAAACGUGUCGUCAGUUUGCUGCAGUUUUUAAUGUUGUCAACUCCAUUAUAGGAUCUGGGACAAUAGGAUUACCUUAUUCAGUGAAGCAAGCUGGCUUUCCUCUGGGAAUAUUACUCUUAUUCUGGGUUUCAUAUGUUACAGAUUUUUCCCUUGUUUUGUUGAUAAAAGGAGGGACACUCUCUGGAACUGACACUUACCAAUCUUUGGUCAAUAAAACAUUCGGCUUUCCAGGGUAUCUCUUCCUUUCUGUUUUGCAGUUUUUGUAUCCUUUCAUAGCUAUGAUAAGUUACAACAUAAUAACUGGAGAUAUUUUGAGCAAAGUUUUUCAAAGAAUUCCAGAAGUUGAUCCUGAAAACUUGUUUAUUGGUCGUCACUUCAUUAUUGUGCUAACCACUGUCAUCUUUACUCUGCCUUUGUCCUUGUACCGGGAUAUAGCAAAGCUGGGGAAGAUCUCUCUUAUUUCAACACUCUUAACAACUAUAAUUCUUGGGAUUGUAAUGACAAGGGCAGUUUCAUUAGGUCCAUACAUUCCAAAAACAGAAGAUGCCUGGGUAUUUGCAAAACCUAAUGCCAUUCAGGCUGUUGGAGUUAUGUCAUUUGCAUUUAUUUGCCACCAUAACUGCUUCUUAGUUUAUGGUUCUUUGGAAGACCCCUCUGUUGCUAAGUGGUCCCGCAUCAUUCAUGUGUCCACUGCGAUUUCUUUAUUCAUUUGUAUUCUCUUUGCUACAUGUGGAUACUUGACAUUUACUGGCUUCACUCAAGGAGACUUAUUUGAAAAUUAUUGCAGAAAUGAUGACCUGGUAACAUUUGGAAGGUUUUGUUAUGGAGUCACUAUCAUUUUAACAUACCCAAUCGAAUGCUUUGUGACUAGAGAGGUAAUUGCUAAUGUAUUUUUCAAUGGGAACCUUUCAUUGGUUUUCCACACGAUCAUAACAGUUGUCAUCAUUACUGUAGCGACAGUGGUGUCAUUGCUGAUCGACUGCCUAGGAAUCGUUUUAGAACUCAAUGGUGUGCUCUGCGCAACUCCCCUAAUUUUUAUCAUUCCAUCAGCAUGUUAUCUGAAGCUGUCGGAGGAACCAAGGACACACUUAGAUAAGAUUAUGUCCUGUGUCAUGCUUUCCUUUGGUGCCGUGGUACUGUGUGCUGGAUUCGUCAUGGCUGUCACACAUCCUCAAGACUGCACACAUGGGCAGGAAAUGUUCUACUGCUUUCCCAACAAUUUAUCUCUCACAAACAUUUCAGUGUCUCCUUUGCAACUAACAACACAAUUUCCCAACUUGAACAGCAGUAACUUUCAAUGAGUUGACUACUUUAAAAAUCAAUGUCUUUAAGCACCUUAAUAUUCACAUCUUCUAGUCUCUGUGUUACAAAAUUGAUUAGAACUUGCUUUUGUUUAUCUUUAGUCCAAUAUAAAAGGUAAAGAGAAAA